AUGGCCAUUCUGCGGGUUCUAGCACUAGCCCUAGUGGGCACCAGCUGGGUGAAUGCGGAAGCGAGUUGCAAAUGUGGCCCUCGCGAUGAAUGCUGGCCGUCACUUGCGCGGUGGGAUGAUCUGAAUGAGUCUUUGGCGGGGAGGGUCCUGCCCAAUGUUCUUGGGAUCGAGGUUUGUUUCUCUGAGAAUGAGGAAGACCAGAAUACUUGUUUGGAGCUUGCUGCUUUUCAACCAACUGAAGCCACCUUGGAAACCGACGAAAAUAUGCUAUCCAAAUGUCCUUUACGCCCCGCCAGCGCAUAUAUCAUCCGCGCCACGGAAGCAGACGACGUCGCAAAAGCGCUUGUCUUCGCAAAGAGUCACAAUCUGCGAGUGUCUACUGGAUCUGAUCGCGAUGACUUGCAAAGAUCCCGCGCCAAAGGCACACUACACAUCUCAACCGCCAGCAUCCGCAAAGGCACCGAAUACCACGAAUCCUACCCCACCGACUCGCUAUGCCCACACACGAAAUGGAGCGGCAGCGCCUUCACCGUGCAAGGCGGCUACACCUGGGCUGAGCUCUACACUAAAGCAUUCGCCCAAAACCUCAUAGUCAUAGGCAACACCGACCAAACCGCUGAAAUAACAACAUCCAGCGACACCCUCCACCCCCCACUCCACACACUCGGCCUCCCAGCCGACCAAAUCCUCUCAAUGGAUGUCGUCCUCGCAUCAGGCGCCACAGUCUCCGCCAACGCCUGCCACAACCCCGACCUCUUCUUCGCUCUCCGCGGUGGUAGCAGCACAGCCUACGGUGUAAUCGUGUCGACAACGUUGAAAGCUCACCCGUCGCGCCCAGUCACUGCGCAUAGCCUCCAGGUGUAUCCCGCGCCGCACAGACGGGACCCGAUAGCGGGUGCGCUGGCCCUUAUCGACGCUGUGGCGGAGAUUCUGGCGGCCUAUCCUGCGCUGUCGGAGGGGGAAUUCUCUGGACAAGGUAGCUGGGGCGUGGAGAAGGUCGGCGAGGGGAUACAUCUCCCGGGAGUUCCCGCUGCGGUGCUGGCUAAUGGGGGGUAUAGUCAUGUGGUGGCUAGGGUCGAGAACGAUGGUAGUAAUGGUGGUGAUGGCUCUUCCCGCGCGCUUCUCGACACUGCUCUCAUGGAUGCUCUGCGUUGGCGGAAUGGGUCGUCGCUUGUUGUCGAGGAGACGGUGACUGAGUAUGCCUCGUUCGGGGAGUACUUCAACGCGGUUGGUGGGAUGAAUGCGAUGGCGUAUGGAAAGGCGGCGGUGACAUCGCGGUUGCUAGAUCGGACCGCACUAUCAGCUGAUACAGAGAUGCUGAAAGAGAUGUUGCGCAUUACAGCGACGAAUGCGCCUGAAAUGCCGCAUCGUGCGACGAUCUGGACCCACUUAAGUCUCGUUGGACGGGGAGAGGACCCGGGGGACCGACAUGUUAGUGUGCAUCCGGCGUGGCGGAGGAGCUGCGCGGUGAUGGCGCCCAUGGCGACGCUGCCCGGUGAUGCAGAUAAAGGGGAAUUUGAGAAGGCUCAGGUGGAUGCGACGCUGAGGAAAGGCGAUGCGUUGAGGGAGCUGGCGCCGAUGACGGGGGCUUCGCUGGGGUGGAAGGAUGCGCGGAACCCAUGGUGGAAGACGGACUUGUUUGGGGAUGGGUAUCCGCGGUUGAGGGCUAUUAAGGAGAGGUAUGAUCCGGGUGGGAUGUUUUAUUGCGAGACUUGUGUGGGGAGUGAGGAUUGGGAGGAGAUAGAGAAAGAUGAGGGAGAGGAGGGAGAGGCUGUGUUAUGUAGGGUGUAG